CCUGUCCCCUGACUAUCUAUCUGCUACUAGGCCUAGCACAACUGAGGCUGAAGAGAAGUAUAAACAAAACCAGCUCCAUAAGGUCAACCUAUGAAAGUUGAGGAAUAGAAGAACAAAGAAAGAAGGCGGGGAAAAUGCAGAGCGCGUACACCUCUUGGGUGCCCCUAGUUUCUCCCUCUCCACCUCUUAAACUCCCUAUUACGAAGGUCAAGCUAGCGACAGUCCAGAGAAAUUCAAAUUACGCCCGUGAUAGAGAUGACGGCGACGGUGGCGGUACUAACACCAGCGGUGAUUCACCGACGGUGGAGAAUUUCACACUUCCAGCCCAUGUCAAAUCCAUAACGAGCACUUCAAACCCAUUUGUCAGGCACUGCGUCAAGCUCAGCCGCAGCUCUCCUUACCGCCACUCCCAUGGCUCGACUCUCGUCGUGGGCACUACCCCUAUCAGGGAGAUUUCCAAGUUCCAAGAAUCCCUGCCGGAAAGGACCACCCAUGUGGAUUAUCUGUUUCUUCUAGAUAAUGUCGAUGUCCCAGCUGGCCUUGAAAGUUCUUCCCCUGCUCGGACUCUGCGAGUGAGCUCUUUGGUCAUGAAGAAGCUCUCACAAGUGCAAUCUACCGAAUCCAUUGAAGCUAUUGCCUUGAUGAGAUUCCCAACCAGCUACUUUGUUGCGGUUGAUGGCCCAACAGCUGUUGAUUGCAGCAAGUGGUUCCCAUCUCCCCAUCGAAUUCUCGUCCUUGAAGGGAUCCAGGUUACAAUCUAGAUCCAGGCAAUCUAGGCACAUUACUCAGAUCAGCAGUGGCUUUCAAAUGGGGUGGAGUUUUCCUGCUUCCUGGGUGUUGUGAUCCAUUCAACGGCAAAGCACUCCGAGCUAGCCGGGGAGCUUCCUUCCAAGUUCCUAUAGUGUCUGGCGCCUGGCAUCACCUUCAAGCCCUGAUAAAUGAAUUCGACAUGAGAUUGCUAGCCGGCCACCCUGAUAUCAUUGAUGGAUCAAGAUCGGUAUCUCGUUUAUCUCCAGGACUUGCUGAUUCCCUAUCUGAUACUCCGCUAUGCUUGGUUUUAGGCAACGAGGCACAAGGCCUUACGGAGGAAUCUCAAAGAGCAUGCGAGCUCGUGAGCAUACCAAUGGCUAGAGACUUCGAGUCCCUCAACGUUGCAGUUGCAGGGGGCAUAUUCCUCUACAUGCUGCAACCACAUCUAUAAUGUAUAACAUAAUGGGAGUGUGUAAUUCAUGAAAGUUUGCUACUUUGCUAGUCAAUCC